CCGCGUACGGUUAUUGAUUGCUCUGAAAGCUAUCGUGCGUACGCUCUAGCUCCAGGAUAUCGAUUACAUUAAGGUGGAAUGAAUGAACCGACCGAAUGCCGCCUUUCAUUCGAGUUUUCCUCGUUGAGUGGUUCGGUUCAUAUUUCGAUUUUCUCGGUUCUGAACAUAGCUUUGCAGUAUGGCCACAGUCAUUGGCAAGCAAAUAGCGGCCGCACCCAUAACCCUUGUCAGCAUGGUCAAACCGAUCGGUGGCCGCAAAAACCGGUCAAAUAAUUCGCUAAAUAGCACGCCAGAAAGCUUUGAGUGUUCCACCGGUGGAGAAUCAACGGUUCAACCACCGGUGUCCUGCGUUUCUCCACUGGGAAGCAAUACAAGUUUACUACUGAGCCAUCCAGGUUCUCGGCCGUACCAGUCGACACUGCGAAGCUACAGCAAAUGGUCCCCGACCGAACAAGGUGCUACGCUAGUAUGGCGUGAUUUGUGCGUUUAUGCCAAGGACGUUCACAAUGGCCGCGGUUCGAGUGGAACGCGGGAAUCCAUUAAGCGUAUAAUUAACAACGUUAGCGGUGCAGUUACUCCAGGAACCUUGAUAGCGCUGAUGGGAUCCAGUGGGGCUGGCAAAAGCACACUAAUGUCCGCAUUGGCCUAUCGCACGCAACCGGGAACAAUCGUACAGGGAGAUAUUCUGGUAAACGGACAUCCUAUUGGACCGUACAUGUACCGGUUGAGUGGAUUUGUCCAUCAAGAUGAUUUGUUCGUUGGUUCGCUGACGGCCUCCGAACACUUGUACUUCAUGGCAAAGCUAAAACUUGAGCGUGGCAUUCCGAAGAAAACCGUCGAUCGUCUUAUUCAGGAAUUGCUAGAGCGCACUGGACUAGCCAAAUGUUCCAACACCAGAAUCGGUGAAGUUGGCGUAGGAAAGAUGCUGUCCGGUGGAGAAAAGAAACGACUUGCAUUCGCUACCGAGCUGCUCACGAAGCCAACGAUUUUAUUCUGCGACGAACCAACGACCGGUCUCGAUUCGUUUAGUGCUCAAAAUUUGGUCUCUAUGCUACAGUUGCUAGCCAAACGGGGAACUGCUAUCAUUUGCACAAUACAUCAACCGUCGAGCCAGCUGUUUUCCAUGUUCGAUCAGGUAAUGCUGCUGGCUGAUGGUCGAGUAGCUUUCGCCGGCAAACCUAACGAUGCGCUAAAUUUCUUUGAGCAGCAUGGCUACUGCUGCCCUUCGAAUUACAAUCCGGCCGAAUUUCUCAUCGGAGUGCUGGCCAUGGCCCCAGGAUACGAAAAAGCUUCCCAACGGUCGGCUCAUAGGUUGUGCGAUCUGUUUGCCGUUAGCGAAGCCGCCAGUCAACGAGAUGUGUUGAUCAAUUUGGAAAUGCACAUGGCUGAGACGGGUGACUUCAAUGUGACGGAAGAAAAGAACCUCUCGCGAAAACCACUCUGGGCUUAUACGGUGUUUUGGCUAACCUAUCGGUGCUUUUUAACCGUUGUCAGGGACCCCACGGUGCAGUAUUUGCGUUUGUUGCAGAAAAUUGGUAUUGCCCUUAUGGCGGGAUUGUGCUUUUCCGGUGCCCUCAACUUGGACCAACUGGGUGUCCAAGCCAUCCAGGGAAUCCUGUUUAUCUUCGUUUCGGAGAACACCUUCUCGCCGAUGUACUCGGUCCUGUCGGUAUUCCCGGAAACUUUUCCUCUAUUUAUGCGCGAAACCAAAUCGGGACUGUACCGAACGCCUCAGUACUAUCUGGCCAAUAUGCUUGCUAUGCUACCGGGUUUGGUUUUGGAGCCCUUAGUGUUUGUUAUCGUUGCCUACUGGCUUGCAGCACUUCGGCCGACAUUCGGUGCCUUCAUGGUGACGGUCAUCGCCUCCACGUUGGUCAUGAACGUAUCCACCGCUUGUGGGUGUUUCUUUUCUGCUGCAUUUAACUCACUGCCCCUGGCCAUGGCCUACCUGGUGCCCUUCGAUUAUAUCCUAAUGAUCACUUCGGGUGUAUUUAUCCAGAUCAGCUCAAUGCCGGUUUCCAUCUCCUGGAUGCCGUAUAUUUCGUGGAUGAUGUAUGCCAACGAAGCCAUGUCCAUCGCUCAGUGGGAGGGCGUUACCAAUAUUACUUGUUCGACGGAGGAUCCCAACUUGCCCUGCAUGCGAACCGGACAGGAGGUGUUGUCGCAUUACAGCUUCGACGAGUCACACCUGUGGCGCAACAUCGGCGCAAUGGUCGUCAUCUACUUUGGCUUCCACGUGCUAGGUUGUUUGUUUUUAUGGCGCAAAACGAAACAUGGUUAAGAGGGAUAAUUUUUGUUUUGAAUUUUCAAAUUUCUAAGCUUAAUUUAAAUACUUAUAACUUUUAACAAAAAAAU